GCAGCCCAAAAAAAAAGAACCAAGCAAGCCGACGCACCUCCCUUUGAGAAACCGGUGAGAAAGCUUGGUUUGGCCUUCUUUUCUUGUUCAAGAACAAGAUUGGAGCCUUGAAACCUUCCCCCCCUGCAGAGAAUUUCGGAUCUGCUCUGUCCUUCCUCCCCUGUCCGCCGGCUGAUAGUGGCCCGCGUGUUCUGCUCUUCUUUUCUUCCCCCUGCAACCGGCCGAAAGCCCCAGCUGCUGCCACCCAUUUCCGGCUGAAAAACCGGAGUUUCCGGAUCUGCUCUGCUUGUCCGUCCGUUGCUGCUGCUAGGCCCGAAAUUCUGGGCAUUUUUAGGUUCUUGAUCCUUGGGGUACUUUAGUACGUGAAUUGAGUGCUCGAUUUUAUGCAAGUGAGGAAGCGAAACCGAGGACGGGGAAACCAUGGGAAGUGACGAGUUAGAAGGCUAGCCAUUUCGAGAUUGAUAUAGAUUUUAGAAAUAAAUCGUGAUCUUAUUGUGAAUUGGAUAAGUUCCGAGCCUUGUGCAUUUGUGGGACCCUCUCAUGAGUGCAUGGCGUCUGGCACGUCCUCGGAUUUGGGUUCUGAGGCGUGAUAGGGUAUGCAAAUUUUUGGGCAUUUUUUUUGUUCCGUGAGCUUCCCCCUGCACUGCCGUCGGCUUCUCCCCCUGCCAAGUCCGGUUCUGUUGGCUGAAAUUCUGCCUGUUUUGUCUCCGAUGUGGUCAUGUUAUUAGUGACUCUGCUAGUGGGGGAGUUUAUAAAUGCUAGCACAUGUCGGCAUGUAUUUCUGUAGAGCCGGUUCCUCCUGCCAGUGGGAGUUGUUAGACACUGGUAUUUCAGUGACCCUGCUAGUGGGGGUUAUACACCAGCAAAUAGUGUGCCUGCUAGUGGGAGGUUUAUAACACUGGCCAUGACCUAUAGAAGAGACGUCUAUUUCGUUUUCGUACCCGUAUCUGUUUUUCGUGAUUGCACUUGUUGGCAUGCUAUAAGUUUAAUAAAGGGCACUCCAUAUUUACUUAUUGAGUUUAUCUCAUAGUUUUCCUUGUCCACCAUUUCAGGAAGCGAAACUGAGGACGGGGAAACCACGGGAAGUGACGAGUUAAAAGACUAGCCAUUUCGAGAUUGAUAUAGAUUUUAGAAAUAAUCAUGAUCUUGUAAACUAAAUUUUAUUUGGAGAUUUUAUGAUAUCAGAGCAAAUUUUAAGAUUUUUAUUUUCAGAUUUUGUGGUAUCAAAUUGUGGUAUCAAAUUGUGGUAUGAUAAGUUUCGAGCCUUGUGCAUUUGUGGGACCCUCUCACGAGUGCACAACGUCUGCCCCGUCCCCGGAUUUGGAGCCGGAAGGAAAAGCAAAAGAAUGUGGAUGCUGGAUUGAAGCUGAAUUGAAAAAGGGGCAAGGGCCUGAUCAAAAUAACCUUAAUCUCCUUGUUAGAUCUAAACAAAGUGGUGGGAAUGGUCUUGGUGGUGUUGCAAGCUUAAAGGCAAAUCGGAAUGGCAACAUUUCUUCUUGCCAAAGUGAACCGGGAAAUAAGAAAUGGAUGAAGGAUACUGAGAGAUUCAGAAGAUAUUUAUCAGAGGCAGCUCAGGAAAAGAAUGAGCAAUCAGAGCUUGACAUCUACCUCAAAGAUAAAUUAGAAAUCAUGGAAAAUGAUGCUCAAUUUUAUGAUGUUCUUUCAUUUUGGAGGCUCAAGAGUGGGAAUUUUCCUGUUCUUGCAGCAAUGACACGAGAUAUUUUAGCUAUUCUAGUUCCAACAGUGGCAUCUAAAUCAACUUUCAACAUAAGUGGUCGUGUGUUAGAUGACUUUCGGAGUUCCUUAACUCCUAAGAUGGCACAAGCUCUAGUAUGCGCACAAGAUUGGCUAAGGCAAAAAAGAAAACAUGUCAAUAUUACUCUUGAUUGUGAGGAUUUAGAUGAAUUAAAGGAAGCGAAAGUAGAAUAUAAGAAGAAGUUACGUUCAUCACUUCUAGAUGGUUGACAUUUGCUAUUGUGCAUGUGAAGUUUCGGAUUUGUUUUUUAUGUUGCUUGUUGCUGCAAAUGCUAUUGGCUAUUACUAUAAAUACUGCUUUUGGAUUUGGUUUUUGGGUAGCUUAUUACUGCAAAUGCUGCUAGCUGUUGCUAUUUGGGUUGCUUGUUGUUGCAAGCUUGUAAAUGCUACUAGCUGUUAUUAUAAAUAUUGCUUUUGGAUUUGUUUUUUGGGUUACUUUUUGCUGCAAAUGUUGUUGGUUGUUGCUAUAAAUACUACUACUACUG